AUUUUUCUCGUAAAUGCAGCUGUGGCAAUACUGUAUUUAUAUUGAUAUUAUUGCGUAACUGGUAUCUUGAAGAGAUUAGGAAUCUUGUGCGCCACAAAACCAGUUCUUCACACACACUAAAGCUCUGUAAAAGUCCAUCUAUAAUAUUACUAUAUUGUCAACUUUGAACUGAGGACUUAUGAGCUUAUCAAUAAUCCCAAAGAUAAUCAGUAUUGAAUAAUAACAUAUUUUCCUCUGUGCUGCUUUAAAAUAUGAUCACAAACAGUCGGUCAUCAUCUUUGAGGCCACUCUUUGUGCCAAAUUUAUUCAUUGGACAAGAGAAAAGUCUGCGAUGUAGGAUGGGUUGCAACAACUUUUGGAUUUAAAAAGUGUUACAGUGUAAAAGUCUAACGUUUGAGCACUACAUUUGUACUCCAUUAAAUUACUGGAACCAGAAAAUUUUGGUUAUAUUAACAAUAUGGAUACUAUUACGAUCACAGAUAUAGAUGUCAAGGAUCUUCGAUUUCCAACUUCACUCCAUGCCGAUGGCAGUGAUGCUAUGCACACGGAUCCUAAUUAUUCAUGCGCAUACGUGACAAUUACUACCGACAAAGGUUUCGAAGGAUAUGGUCUAACUUUCACACUGGGCCGAGGCACGGAAGUAGUUACUCGGGCAUGUGAGUCAAUGUUCAGAUUGGUCAAGGGUCGAAACGCCCUUAAUAUUUUUGCCAACUUUGCAUCAUUUUGGAGAGAAUUAACCAGCGACUCUCAGAUGAGAUGGAUUGGACCUGAAAAAGGUGUCACUCAUUUGGCAACAGCUGCGAUUGUAAAUGCCCUAUGGGACUUAUGGGCCCGCAUUGAAGGAAAGCCUGUGUGGAAAUUACUAACAGAUUUGACUCCCGAACAACUUGUAUCGACGAUAGAUUUUCGAUACAUUUCUGAUGUUAUUACAAAGGAAGAAGCAAUAUCUUUGCUCAAAAGAAAAGCAGAGGGUAAAGAGAAACGAGAGAAGCUUCUAUUAAAAAAUGGAUAUUCAGCUUACACUACUCAAGUAGGAUGGCUAGGUUAUUCUGAUACAAAAGUUUCAGACUUAUGCCAAAAAUACCUCGAUCUUGGAUUCACAUCUUUUAAAGCUAAAGUUGGAGUGAACAUUGAAGAAGACAUAAAGAGAUGCCGUUUGAUCAGAAAGGUAAUUGGCUAUGAAAAUAAGCUUAUGGUAGAUGCCAAUCAAAUUUGGGAAGUCGAGGAAGCAAUCGACUGGGUCAAGCGCUUGGCUGAGUUUAAAUUAACUUGGAUCGAGGAACCGACAUCCCCGGAUGAUGUGUUAGGCCAUGCUACAAUUGCCAGGGCUUUAGAGCCCUAUGGAAUAGGAGUGGCAACAGGAGAGAUGUGCGCAAAUCGAGUUAUGUUCAAGCAACUUCUUCAAGCAAAAGCAAUAAAAUAUUGCCAAAUUGACUCUGCUAGGAUCGGUGGUAUCAACGAAAUACUAUCAGUUUAUUUCAUGGCACUGAAGUUUGGCGUACCAGUUUGUCCGCAUGCCGGAGGCAUCGGGUUAUGUGAAAUGGUCCAGCACCUUCAAAUGUGGGAUUUUAUAUCUUUGAGUGGAACAAGUGAGGAUAGAGUAAUCGAAUACAUCGAUCAACAGCAUGAGCACUUUGAGAACCCAACGAAUGUGAAAAAUGCUCAUUACAUGCCGCCUCUCGUCCCUGGAUAUUCAACAAAGUUGAAAAAUCAAACCAUAUUGGAUUUCGAAUAUCCAAAUGGAGCAGAAUGGCAACGGAUGUUCAAUGAAGGAAUUUUUCAGAAGCCUAUAGAUUAGAAGAACUUGGAAUUUCCAGCAUAAUAAUCGACGAGAAUCAAUCAAGUAGUUCCAAAUACGAUGAACUUGAAUGAGACUAAUCGGAGGCUCUUAAUAAUAUACUAUUUUCGUUUCGUCUUCAUAUAGUUGAAGCUGUAUCAAAUAAAUUAUUAGAACUAAA